AUGGCUGCUACAGUUAACUUCCUGAUGGCUGUCACCAAUCUCCUCUGCUUUCUGAUCGCCGCUGUGGCCAAAAUCCCCGGCGCCUACACCGUAGGUCCCUGGAAUACAGCUCACGCCACUUUCUACGGCGGCAGCGACGCCUCCGGCACCAUGGGCGGUGCUUGUGGGUACGGGAACUUGUACAGCCAAGGCUACGGCGUGAAUACGGCGGCACUGAGCACGGCGCUGUUCAACAAUGGGCUGAGCUGUGGAGCCUGUUUCCAAAUCAAGUGCGACGCCGCCAUGUGGUGCAAUCCGGGCAGUCCCUCCAUCCUCGUCACGGCCACUAACUUCUGCCCGCCCAAUUUCGCGCUGCCCAAUGACGACGGUGGGUGGUGCAAUCCCCCCCGCCCGCAUUUCGACCUCUCUAUGCCAGUCUUCCUUAAAAUUGCACAGUACCGCUCCGGCAUCGUCCCCGUCGCCUUCCGCAGGAUCCCAUGCAGAAAACAGGGAGGAAUUCGAUUCAAGAUCAAUGGCUUCCGUUACUUCAACCUGGUUCUGGUCACCAACGUAGCGGGCGCCGGAGCUAUAGUCCGCGUGAGCGUGAAAGGCACGCGCACUCAGUGGUUGGCGAUGAGCCGCAACUGGGGGCAGAACUGGCAAUCGAACGCCGUCCUCGUCGGCCAGGCCCUGUCCUUCAGAGUCACCGCCGGUGAUCGUCGCACCUCGACUUCCUGGAACGUGGCCCCCGCAAAUUGGCACUUUGGACAGACCUUUACCGGCAAAAAUUUCAGGGUAUAACUAUAACAUAACUCCCCCUGCAGCUUCAAAUAAUCUUCUCCAUUUUUCCCCGAGAAGAAUUUGAAGCAUCGCCAUAGGAGCUUAAUUAGUUACCUACCCCGCUUGAUGUAAUAGAAAAUUUUGUGUGCACGAUUAUCGCUUUCCUCUUUUCCUUUUUUAACUACUUUUGGAGUUUUGGCGUGUGUAGUAAUGUUAUGAUUUAUGUGGUGAGAUUUUGCAUGAAGAUUAAUGAUGUGUCAUCUUCUUGAUCUCAUUGUGUAGCCUUCAUAUGAUCGAAAGAAGAGCCAUUAUUCUAUUAAAUCAGAAUCACGGAAGAGGGGUUUUCUGGUUGGUUGGUUGAUUGUUGCCCAUUAUGGUCAAGAAAUAAUAAAAGUAUAUAUAUUCUCAAAUUCUUUUCAUAGCCCGAACAUGAAACUGGAAAGUGUCAGAAUGCAUGAUGAUGCAUUACUAUAAUGUUGACUUGGAAGCAGAAGCAGAGGCAGAGGCAGCAGCCAUAAAUAAUUAUUACUACAAUGUCAAACAUCACAUGCAUGUUGGAUGUGUUAUCUUAUUGCUUGCUCCUCCUCGUAUUUCUGUUUUGAAAUGUUCCAUCAUAAAGUGAAGAGUUGACUGGA